AGUCACUAGGGAGGAGUUACACAUCUUCUUCCACACUCUCUGCUGUGACCAACAAUUUAGGGGGUUGAGUCCUCUGAGUCCUGCAUGAAAGGAUGAAGUUUCCAAAGUCAAAGGAGGAGGAGCCCACAGCUCCUGGGCAAUUAGCCAUCAGGAAGAGAUCCAGAGUUCCUGGUGUGAUGAUCACUCAGUUUGUGGAGGAAGUUCCUCAAGGUAAAAGCCACCCAGACUUCUCACGUAAACCCAUCGCCCUGACUAUUCAAGAAGGGAAGUUUGCUGUUUUUAAAGCAGUCGUCACAGGAGAUCCAACACCAACUGUAAGAUGGACUCGAAAUAAUGGUGAAAUUUCUGAUAAAGAAAACUACAUCGCUGUGUAUGAGUCAGUCACAGGAGAACACCAGUUACAGAUGCCUAAUGUAGCUGUAGACCAGGCAGACACCUAUAAGUGUUUGGCAGAAAACGAGUUUGGUCGUGCUAUUGUUACUGCCACACUGAAUAUAAUUGAGGUUGGAUUCAAGAAGAGCAAGGAAUUGCAAGAAUCACGAACAGCUCAACGUGAACUACCAGCUGAUUUCAAAAAGAGCUUAAGAACUCGAGCUCAUCGUCCAAAAGAGGAGCGAAAGGAUGGAGAGGUUGAUGAAAGGUUCUGGGAGCUACUGUUGAGUGCUGAUAAAAAAGACUACGAGCGCAUCUGUGCUGAAUAUGGAGUGACUGACUUCCGGUGGAUGUUGAAGAAAUUAAAUGAAAAGAAAAGAGAAAUAGAAGAACAACAGGCACAGUACAUUGAAUACCUGAGCAACUUGAGACAUAUUGAGAUCAAAACUCCUGGGUGUGCACAAUUUGAAUUUGAAAUGGACCUCAGGGAUCCCAGUUCCAAAAUCUUCCUCUAUAAAGAUGGUGAACUGGUUGAAUUUACCCCUGACACAAGUGAGAAGCACAGUCUGCGUCAAAUUGGCAGACGGUUCAUCUUCACUGUCAGUGGACUGUCUCCAGAUGAUGCCGGACUCUACCAAGUAGACGUUGAAGGAGUUAAUAUCUUUUCUACAGAUUUAAAAAUUCCAAAUGUGGACUUCUUGGUAAAGAUUACAGAGGUUACAGCAACUGAAAGAGAGGAUGCAGUCUUUGAGUGUGUUCUGUCUGCACCACUCCCAAAGAUCACAUGGAUGGGAAAGAGUGUUGCAUUGGUUCAAGGCGAGAAAUAUGACAUUACUGUGUCUGAGGAUAUGCUGAUCCAUAGAUUGGUGGUGAAAGAUUGUAUGCUGGUGGAUAAAGGCAUAUAUGCUGCUGUGGCUGGAAUCAAAUCUUGCAAUGCCUGGCUGUUAGUGGAAGCUGACAAUGACUCAGACAAGCGUGGAAAAAAAGCAGCACGCAAAACAACCCAGGCCGGAGGUAGCAGAACUGAUUUGGCAAAGAUUGCAGCUGAGCAGCAAGCCAAGUUACAGAAGGAGAGAGAGGAGAGAAAAGCAAUGCUCAAACAACAUCAGGUUGAUCAGGCUGCAGAGACCCCAGACAAUGAGGCUGAGUCUCCUGUUGAGCUUUCAGUCGAGGAUCUUCUUAACCCUCUAGCACAGUCUCCAGCUGAGCUAAUCCUACAGACAUCCCAGAAUCCCAAAGACAAACCUAAAACCAAGCCUAAAGCUAAGCCCACGUCUGUCUCUGAAAGUAUGAUAGAAGAGCCAAAGGAAGAAGAGUCAGAGGGGGAGGAAGUACUUCAGAAAACAGAGAAUAAGCGUGAUGGAUCUGGACAAGCAGUGGAAUGUGAACAACAUUCAGAGCAAAUCAGUGAGGAGAAAGGAGAGGAGAAGAAUAAAAGAGUCAGGACAGGGCCAUUGAUCCCUGAUACUGUAAUUGCCCAAGGCGUUUACUUCACUAGCGGGUUACAAGAUGUCAAAGCCAUUGUGGGCCAUUCAGCUGAGAUGGUGUGCAAGAUAAGCGAUGCGAACUAUGAUGGAGUGUGGUAUAAAGAUGGAAAACAGAUAAAAUCUACAGAUGACCUGAUGAUCAUCAAAGAUGGAGCGGUGCACAAACUGGUGAUUAAUAAUUGUACGGAGGAUGACAAUGGAAAGUAUCGCUUUGAGGCAGAUGGGCGUAAAACAGAGGCUCUGCUCAUUGUGGAAGACCCACCAAGGAUGAAUCAAGAUGAUCUAACUAAGUUCUCACAGCCAGUGAUCAUCAAGGUUGGCCAAAAUGCCACCUUCAAACUGAGCUUUGUGGGUCGAGAGCCAAUAAAGGUGCAGUGGUACCAUGAAGGUGAGGAACUGCUAGAUGACAUUAAUGUCAAGAUUGAGAAGUCCUCCAGCCACAGCUGCCUACUCCUCACCAAGUGCCAGCGCAAAGAUACAGGAGAGAUCAAGUUCAAGCUGAAGAAUGAAUUUGGGACUACUGAGGCUUUCUCCAAGCUCAUAGUCUUAGAUAAACCUACCAAUCCACUGGGCCCUGCAGAGGUAAUCGAGGCCUCAUCAUCAUGUGUGGAGUUCAAGUGGAGGCCUCCAAAAGAUGAUGGAGGUUCUCCUGUGAUUCACUACAAUCUCGAACGGCAACAGAUAGGGCGGAACACUUGGAAGAAGAUUGGAAAUACUUCUCCUGAGGCCCACUAUAAAGACACUGAUGUAGACCAUGGCAGGAGGUACUGCUACCGUAUAAGAGCCAUAACUGCAGAAGGCACCAGUGAUGUGUUUGAGACGGAUGACAUACAGGCUGGCACGAAAGCAUAUCCUGGUCCACCCUCCACACCAAAAGUUGUCAGUGCCUUUAAAGACUGUAUCAACUUGUCAUGGGCCCCACCGACCAAAACUGGAGGAACCAACAUUGUGGGCUACAACCUGGAGAAACGCAAAAAGGGCAGCAAUCUGUGGAACCAAGUAAACCCUCUAGAAGAGCCAAUCAAAGCCAAACAGUAUGGAGUGAAGGAUGUUGUUGAAGGAAUUGAGUAUGAAUUCCGUGUCAUAGCCAUCAACUUCUCUGGUGCUGGAGAACCAAGCUCUCCUUCUGACUUUGUGAUAGCCAGAGAUCCAAAAAAGCCCCCUGGUAAAGUAAUUGAUCUGAAGGUGUCAGAUUCCACAUAUUCUUCCUUGUCUUUGAGUUGGACUAAACCAAAAGAGCAAGAAGGGGUGCAAGAUGAAGCUAAAGGAUAUUUUGUAGAAUUAAGACCAGCUGAGAACACAGAAUGGACUCGCUGCAACUCCCAUGCAAUUAUCACCACUUCCUACACAAUUCUUGGUCUUAAGUCCAUGGCCAUGUACUGGGUAAGAGUGGUUGCAACAAAUGAAGGUGGAGAUGGUGAACCACAGGACCUGGACAACUAUGUCAUUGCCAUGCCCCCACCAGUCAAACCAAAUUUCACUGAUCGAAAAAUGAAGAGCUUUAUGGUGGUGAGGGCUGGACAUUCUGCUCGGGUCAACAUUAAUUUUGAGGCUUCCCCAGUGCCCACAAUAAACUGGCUCAAAGAUGGAAUGCCUCUAUGUAAACAUGUGACUGUAAGCAACACAGAAGGCAUGUCUCAGCUCCUGAUUCCAUCUGCGGAGCGCUCUGAUACAGGAGUUUACACCAUUAUAGUCAAGAACAUGGUGGGCCAAGAGACCUUCAGUACUGAGAUUCGGGUCACAGAUGACCCAAAAUCUCCUGGGCCAGUGGAGCUGGAGGAAAAUGUCCCUGGCACAUUAACUGUCUGUUGGAGCCCCUCUCCUGAUGAGAAACGAGAUGACCGCCUGCACUAUAUAGUGGCCAAACGUGACUCAGUCAAGCAGACCUGGCACACAGUGGCUGACCGAGUGUUCAACAACAACUUCACAGCUGUCAACAUCAUGCCAGGAAGAGAAUAUAACUUCCGUGUGUAUGCCAAAAAUGACAUUGGGCUCUCUGAACCUUCUGAGUCCCCAACAUGGGGGCGUGUGAGUAUGAAAGAAAAGUUCACCUUCAGUACGCCUGAACCCAAGACCUUCAACUUUGAGUCACCACCUACUUUCACGGUCCCACUGAAAACACAUACCAGUCCAGAGAAGUAUGAAUGUUACAUGAGUUGUGCUGUGAGAGGCAAUCCCACCCCCUAUGUGACCUGGUACCGCAACAACUUCAGUCUCAACACAAACACCAACUACUACAUCACCAACACAUGUGGAGUCUGUUCCUUAUUAAUACUAAGAGUGGGGCCUAAAGACAAUGGAGAGUACAAAGUUGUUGCAGAAAAUUCUUUAGGCCAUGCUGAGUGCACCACUCAACUCAAAAUCAGAGAAUGAAGAGAUGCUGCCUUGGAGAUGUUCAGAGCUUUCUUAAAUUCUAUCUUACAAAUAACCAUUUACUUAAGUUACAUUUUACCAGUACUGUUUUAUUUAAUAGAAGCCAAAUAAAUUAUAAUACAAAAAAUGUUCAUAGUGAUUUGAUCAUGGUGUUUGUUGAAACACACACAAAAAUGAAAUGUAUGAAAGAGUUAAUAUUGUACCAUAUCAGUUAAAUUGUGUUUAGGCCAUUUGGAUGUAACUUGCUAUAACUGUAAUACAUUUACAUUUAAGUUAUUUGACAUUGUUUACAUUGUUAUUUUACCAUAUUCAUCAUUUGCACAUCCUUUUUAGGAAGAUAAAUUAUUGUCAGAACACAGAUAAAAGUGAAACAAACAAAGAACUUCCUUCUUACAUAACAUUUAAUAUGCAGUGUGUAAUGAUGUAAUCCUUUUAUGACCCAUAUGGUUUAUCUCUUCAAGAUAUGAAAACGCUUUUGACGUUGGACAUUGUGCUCAAUACAUCAACCAUGAUUAGGGUUUACAGUCUUCCAUUAACCCUAGGAUGAAUAAAGCAAAUUGACCUGGCAGGGUGUGAUUUUUGACAUAUUUGAUCAAUAAAAACAUAUAUUUAAACCUUAAGAAA